UUCGAGCUCAUUGAACCGUUGACCAGUGAAAGAUGGCGAAGCUCCUGGUGUGCCUGCUGCUCCUUAUAGCUGCAGUAAGUGGCAAGCAUGAGAAAUAUGAAGGUCAUCAACUUUACCGCGUUAUUGGUCCUGCUCAAGAAUUUGUUGCCCUCGAAGCAGAACUUGAUAUCCUGACAAUUAAUCCUGCACGCAACUCGGCAUCACGUCAACUAGAGGCCUUGGUACGCUUAUCUCCAGAAGAAAAGCACAAAUGGUUCAAUUAUUUCGACCAAAAAAACAUGUCCUACACAAUGAUGCUUAAAGACCUUGCUGCACUUCUUCGUCAACAAGACGUUGCGAAUGCAUACGCAAAGGCAGCAGCUGGACGUGAUGACAGAAGUGAUGAAUACUAUAAUAUAAUUAACGAUGAUGAUAGUAUAAUUACUGAUGAUGGAGAUGGUAGUGGUGAUAACGGUAGUGGUGAAGAAGAUAGUGAAAGUGAGGAAGAUGAUGAUUUAACGAUGACUUGGGACGCCUACUACAACACUGAAGUGAUUAACAAUUUCAUUGAUGAAAUGGGACGUAACCAUUCCGAUAAAGUAGUCGUCGUCAACGCAGGGAUGAGUACUGAAGGUCGUCAGAUCAAAUAUGUCAGAAUAUCAACCACGCGAUUCGAAGACCUCCGCAAACCUGUGAUCAUUAUUGACUCUGCCACACACGCCAGAGAAUGGGUCACUCCUCCCGUAGCUUGUUACAUUAUUCAGCAACUAGUUGAGGGAGCUGAUAGUGUUCUUUUAGAUCAAAUUGACUGGAUCAUCAUUCCUUUAGUCAACCCGGAUGGUUAUGAAUACUCUAUAGAGGAGGAUCGAAUGUGGCGCAAGACUCGUUCCCGUAACCACAACGGCUCUGAUGAAUGCCCUGGCGUUGACGUCAAUCGCAAUUUCGACCAUUACUGGGGCACCACGGCAAGCGCCAGUAACCCCUGCGCCCUCACCUUUGAAGGACCUGUUCCUUUUUCUGAGCCAGAAACUCGAAUUGUCAGAGACGUAGUUUUUCAGAAUCUUGACAGAGCCAUAAUGUACCUCGCACUGCACAGCCAUGGCAACAUGUUCUUGUACGCUUGGGGCAAUAACGGUACCCUACCACCCAACGGCUUGAGUCUCCACCAUGCUGGUAUCGAAAUGGCUCAAGCCAUUGACGCCCUCGCUCUGGAAGGAGCCAGGAGAUACAUCGUCGGAAACGCCGCAAUGGUCCUGUAUUUCACCACUGGUACUUCUCGAGACUGGACUCGCGCGGUUGGCAUCCCUCUCACUUACACUGUGGAAUUGCCCGGCUACGAUUAUGGUUUCUUAGUACCGCCAUCCUAUAUUAAGCAGAUCAUCACUGAAACUUGGGCUGGCGUCGCAGCUGGAGGGCAUUAUGUUCUCUCACUGUUUAAUUAAGAAAAAUAAAUAAAUUCAUUUAUUUCUUUUAACACAUCCAUCUAUUUCACUUCU